GAAAUCCACAGUUCCUGGUUUAUUUGAGCUCAUUCAGCGUCAUCAGUCAAGUAACCUACUUAUACAGAACCACUAGAUGGCGUACUCCACACAAACACUGGCUAAAGGCUGCUUUGGAAAAAUAUAUAAAGAGAAGUUUGGAGACGCAUGGGCUGCUAUAAAGAGAGUCCCUGUAGAAUACAUCAGCAGACACGACCUGGAAAGAGAAUGCCAAGUAUAUCAUAAUGUUCGGCAUCCCAAUGUGGUGAAGCUUCUUGGUGACCCUUGGAUGAAAGAUUAUAUGUGGUACAUUCCUUUGGAAUUUAUUUUUGGAGAAGAUCUUGAGACAACCAUCUUUAAAGCACAAAUCUCCAAAAUACAGUUGACUCCAGCAGUAAAAGCCACGAUCAUUAUUGGUAUGUGUGAUGGUUUGCUUCAUCUGCACAAUAAAGACGUCGUCCACCAAGACCUUAAACCUGAUAACAUCAUGAUCGAGCAUCAAACCUGUCGUGCUGUGAUCAUUGACUUGGGGUUGGCAAAGUUUCUCAAAAACGGACUCAGCUCUGCACAAAAUAUGGGCAAUGAAGCGUACUCAGCUCCCGAGAUCCUGCAGAGAGGUGGAAUUCGUGACAAGCGAUCAGAUGUUUGGGCGAUGGGUAAAAUCAUAGCUGAACUCUGUGCCAGGAUCAGGUUAAUGACUCAAUAUGUGUCUGCCAGCAAAAUUCUGGAAAUUCUUAAAGAUCAACCAUACUGUACGGCAGUUUGCAGGAUGGUGGACACCAAUCCAGUUUCUAGAGUUACUAUGGCUGGAGUCAUCUCAGAAAUACGAAGAGCUGGAUCAGUAGCACAAAUGAACGUCAGGCCAAGUGACGUCACUAUGGCACAGGGAAAUGAAAUGAGGGGAAAUCAAAGGCGGGCUCAGCAAGUAGCUUCGCCACCUAAGAUGGAGAUAAAGAAACCUCCUGUAAAUCAGAUAUAUUAUCACCAGGAUCCACCUCAACAGAGGGAAAUGGGAAAGGGAGCAGUCGUCCCAUUAAAAGGACCGGGUGCGAACAAUCCGAUGUCCCUAAUGUCAUUUCCUUGCCCCCUACCAGAGACUGGAAAAGUGAUUCAAGAACGCUAUAAUGAGGAGAAAGGAGCUAUGGAAUAUAAAGAGAUCGUCACAAAGGGAGGGAAAAUCAUUAAAUAUGAAAAAGUGCAAAUAAUGAAAGAUUCCUAAGAAAGUAAGAUUUUUGUCCUGGGAACCGGGUGCAUUUUUAAUGUCUGUGUAUCUCUAUAAGGUUUGAAAAAGUCAGAAUUGGAGAUCAUCUUUUGUUGUCUCAUCAUAAAUUUUCUUUUAUUGUAAGGUAUAGCCAUCAUUUUACAGUGUGGCUUAACUAUAGAUCCGAUACUGCUAUGAGUAACUCACUUUUAGUCUAAAUAAACGUAUGUAACCCUAGUUCCCUGAGAAGGGAACAAGACGCAGCAUCACCAUAGCAGCUCAAGUUCCACGAAGGGGAACGUCUCAGGUUAUGUAUUUAACCCUUGUUCCCUCAGAAGGGAACGAGACGCUGCGUCGCCAUAGCAUAGCGUUGCUAUGGCAAAGCAUUGCUAUGGCAAAGCAUUGUUACACUCAAAAAAAUGAAAUGUUGGGUUUAAUUCAAAAUAUUAUGUCAACAGGUUCCACACAAUUUGAUUAAGUAAUCUCAACAAACAAUAAUUUAGUUCAUUUUACAAAAGAAGUUUGUUAAGUAAACGUAACAAACCUUAGUAGAGUCAACAAAUAAAAAUUGAGUUAACUGUACAUGAAAUUUUUUAUUAAUGAUGACACAAAAAUUUAAUUAUGCCAUUUUAUAAACUCCUACCCUUUUAAUUAGAAUUUAAGUCCACUUCUUUAUAUUAUUACAGUUUUUCAAACAUAUCACAAAUUUGAAAUGCAAUGUAACAUUCCAAACCGUUUGUUUAUUUGUUUUGUUCUAAAAUAUAGAACAAGUUAAUUGACUCAUAUUUAAUUUGGCCACUUAUUACUCACAUUCUUAUCUAAUGGUGCUACACUUCUGCAAGAGGGUGCCAGAACAACAAUUACCCAUAAUACACUGCAAAAUCCUCAGCCAUUGAGAUACAAGUCUGUAUUGAUUUUAUUAAUCUGUUACGUUUAUGCAACAAUGUUAUGUUGGCUGAACAAAUAAUUUUUACGUAAAGCUGACAAGACACACUUUUUUGUUGAAUGAACUAGAUUAAAUGAAGUUCACAUUGUUAAACUGAUUUUUUUAAGUUAAAUUAAGUAAAAUUGCCAAACGUGAAUUUUUUUUCAUGGUGAAGCGUUGCUAUGGCGACUCAGCUCAAGUUCCUCGAAAGGGAACUUAAUUAUAUAGGAUAAUUUGGUUACAUGUCAUUUGAGAUGUGUCAACAAUGAUUACAAGGUGUUUGGUUUCAUUUAUUUAUUAAUUGUAUUAAUUUUUUUUUUUUGGGGGGGCUGUGGUUUGAAGUAAAUUUUGCCUUGGUAUAGCCUAGACGUCUGGGCUCUGUUUGUAAUGCAACAUUUUUUGCUGGGGUGUUUAGUGUAUGUACACUAUUAUUGUAAAUUACCAUUU